AUGUAUCGUCGCGGAUCGCACCUGAGCGAGGCAAGCUUCAUGGAAGAUGUCGAGAUGGCGCACGAUGAGGUAUUCGAACUCGGCCCCAUGCCUCUUUUCCCUUCCUCCUCGCGCACGCGGCCUCCCCGUAGGGAGCCUGGACAGCAGCUGACGCCCACAAUCCAGGUCUUCUCCGGUCCCAUGUCCGAGAGCAUACCCACGAGCGUAUCCGCCUUCUCCCACCGCCGCCGGCAGAGAGCAGACUCGAGUGCGAGUUUGACGAGCUUCGCAUACUAUGAUGAAGACCAGGACUCGCAAGACGGUCUUGAGGACCACGCUAUCGCAGAAGACGGAGAGAGUGAAUACGGUGGAUAUACCGUCGCAGAGCUGGAAGACCUUGAGGCGGGCCUGUCUUCAGAGUCGACGUCGCCGACGCCAUCGCGGAGAAAGUCAAGUGGUAGCAGAAAAUCAGUUGACAGGCCCUUGCUGCGGCGGCAUUCUUCGACAGGGAGUACAGGCUCAGGCGCAGACUGGAGAGGGCGCAGGUCAAACCAGAAGAUCUACAUCAUGACCGAAGACUUGACUAUCGUCAUCGCUGGCUUCACAACGUCACCCAUUGGCUAUGCUGUAUACGCGCUGCUUUGCAUUGCUACUUUAGGCAUCGGCUGGCUCCUCUUCCGGUGGUUACCUCGAUGGAGGGUAAAACUGGUCGGUAGGAAUACACCAAUCAAAGAGUGCGACUGGAUCGUAAUCGAAAACCAAUGGGGAGAGUUCGCUGUACAAGAUGUGAGCCGGCAGACUUACGGACGGUCAUUAUCCACGGUAUUUGGCGAUGAUGAGAAGGGACGACAUGGAGAAUGGGAUGAGGACGAAGAUCCACUAAUUCAAGAGCUACGCUGCCUAGAUUACCGCUAUAUCCGCUUCGUCUAUCACCCCAUCAAGGACAAGUUCGUACUCGCGAACACCUGGAAGGACCCUGCUUGGACCGAAGUGUCCACUCUCCGCGAAGGCCUCGAUAACGAUGAACGAGACUACCGCGAGCUUGUAUUUGGAAAGAAUUUGAUCGAUAUCGCCGAGAAAACAAUUGGUCAACUCCUGGUGGACGAGGUCUUCCAUCCAUUCUACGUUUUCCAGAUCGCCAGUCUUCUCCUCUGGUCCCUGGACGAGUAUUAUUACUACGCAUGCGCCAUCUUCAUCAUCUCAGCUGUCAGUAUCAUCACCACUCUGAUUGAGACAAAAACCUCCAUGAAGCGAUUACGCGAGGUCUCGAAGUUCGAAUGCGAGGUUCGAGUGUUGCGUAGCGGCUUUUGGACUCACGUGGACUCAGCAGAGCUUGUGCCAGGAGAUGUCUACGAAGUCACGGAUCCUGCACUUAAUCAGUUCCCUUGCGACAGCCUGCUACUUUCUGGAGACUGCAUCGUCAAUGAGAGUAUGCUGACCGGCGAGUCCAUCCCAGUUUCUAAGCUCCCUGUUUCAAAUGCAUCGCUCGACAUGCUCGACCUUAGUGCCUCCGCUGUACAUCCAGAAAUCGCGCGCCAUAUGUUGUUCUCUGGAACUAAAAUCAUCCGCGCUCGGAGACCGCACGAGGAUCACGUCGACGAUGAAGCUGCUGCCCUAGCAAUGGUUGUCCGUACCGGCUUCAACACGACAAAGGGUGCGCUAGUACGGUCAAUGCUCUUCCCCAAGCCUUCCGGCUUCAAGUUCUACCGUGACUCUUUCCGAUACAUCUCCGUUAUGGCAAUAAUUGCUAUGAUUGGCUUCGUCGCGUCAUUCAUCAAUUUCGUCCACCUCGGUCUCGAAUGGCAUCUGAUCGUUGUGCGAGCGCUCGAUUUGAUUACGAUCGUAGUACCUCCUGCACUACCGGCCACCCUCACCAUCGGAACCAGCUUCGCUCUAUCUCGCUUAAAGCAGAAACAGAUCUUUUGCAUCAGCCCGCAGCGAGUGAACGUAGGCGGCAAACUUGAUGUUGUUUGUUUCGACAAGACCGGAACACUUACAGAAGAAGGUCUUGAUGUGUUGGGUGUGCGCGUAGUAGAGCGACCCAGGAACCGAUUCAGCGAGCUCCUCGCAGACCCAUACGACAUCCUCCCUGGAUCACAACAUGAUCGUGACCCGACCGUAGAGUAUCUAGCCCAUAAGACUAUCCUAUACACCAUGGCGACCUGUCACUCAUUGCGCAAGAUCGACGAGGAACUGUUGGGCGAUCCUCUCGACGUCAAGAUGUUUGACUUUACUGGCUGGAGCUACGAAGAAGGAGAGCAGAAGUCUGGCAAUCCGGGCGACGACGAUCCCGAGCAAAAGCUUUCGCCUUCUGUUGCUCGGCCACCGCCGGGACGAGAGUACGAUGUCGACGAUCACGAAGACGACCCCAAUAGAAAGCCAGUCGAGCUCGGUGUGCUGAAGGCUUUUGAGUUCGUAUCACAGCUACGGAGAGCCAGUGUCAUUGUACGGCAAUUCGGCUCAAAAAGUGGACAAGUAUAUGUCAAGGGCGCGCCGGAGGUCAUGAAAGAGAUCUGCCGAGCAGAGAGUUUUCCUACCGAUUACGAGGAGCUCCUGGCUUUCUACACCCACCGUGGUUUCCGUGUUAUCGCUUGCGCCACCAAGACAAUCGCCAAGCUCAACUGGCUCAAGGUCCAGAAGAUGAAGCGCGAGGAAGCUGAAAGCCAGCUCGACUUCGUGGGUUUCAUCAUAUUCGAAAACAAGCUCAAACCUAGCACCGCACCCGUCAUCGAGGAGCUGGAACGCGCGAACAUCCGCAAGACAAUGUGCACCGGUGAUAACAUCCUCACCGCUAUUAGUGUCGCUCGCGAGUGCGGCCUCAUCAACAAAACAGCACAUUGUUUCGUCCCGCACUUCGUUGAGGGCGACUGCCGCACUGCACUAUCAAAACUUAGCUGGGAAUCUGUUGAUGACCCCGUUUUCAAACUCGACGAAAAUACACUCAAACCUCUCCCGCCACCGCCAGAAGCCGACGUGUCCCUUCCAUACGACAUUUCGAAUCUGAGGAAUUACAGUCUAGCUGUCAGUGGAGAUGUCUUCCGCUGGGUUGUCGACUUCGCAUCUGAAUCCGUACUGCGCGAAAUGCUUGUGUGUGGGCAGGUCUUCGCACGCAUGUCACCCGACGAGAAACACGAGCUUGUCGAGAAACUGCAGUCCAUCGACUACUGUGUCGGUUUCUGUGGCGACGGCGCAAAUGACUGCGGUGCGCUGAAGGCUGCCGAUGUUGGUAUAUCGCUAUCUGAAGCGGAAGCCUCGGUAGCGGCGCCAUUCACGAGUCGCAACUUUGAUAUCAGCUGUGUGCCGCAGGUUAUCAAAGAAGGCAGGGCGGCGCUGGUGACGAGUUUCAGCUGCUUCAAGUACAUGAGCUUGUACAGCGCUAUCCAGUUUUGCUCUGUAUCGUUCCUCUACGCCAGCGCGAGUAACCUCGGAGACUUCCAGUUCCUCUUCAUCGACCUCCUACUUAUUCUCCCUAUCGCCAUCUUCAUGGGCUGGUCCGGCGCCUAUCCAAUCCUCAGCCGCAAACGCCCCACUGCGAACCUCGUGUCAAGAAAGGUGCUGACGCCGCUGCUGGGCCAGAUGGUCUUCUGCAUCCUCGUUCAAUUCAUCGCCUUCCAUUUCGUGCAGAAGCAGGAUUGGUACAUGCCGCCUGUCGUGGAUAAAGACCACUCCAACAGCCUCAACUCGCAGAACACCGCGCUCUUCCUGGUGUCCUGUUUCCAGUACAUAUUAUCCGCCGUCGUGCUCUCGGUAGGGAAACCCUACCGCGAACCCAUGUCCCGCAACCUCCCCUUCAUCACGACCAUCUUCUUCACACUGGCUAUCUCGGCAUAUAUGCUCUUCGACCCCGCGCAAUGGGUCAUGGACUGGAUGGAACUGACUUACAUGGACGUGUCCUUCAAGGUCUUCAUCAUGGCUCUUGGCCUCGGUAACUUUGCUCUGGCGUAUGUCAGCGAGCGGUACCUUUUCCCUGGCUUGUCUAAAUGGAUCGGCGUCGCGAAGGUUAAAUUUGGAGGGGCAAAGUGGCAGAAGAAGAAGAAGGAGUAUAAGAUUAUUGCGGAGAGUAUGCGUAUGUAG